AUGUCAUCAUGGUUAAUGGCAAUUACCUACGUAGGAGGAAUGUUAAUAGUGAUGAGCACGUUUUCUUUUAUAUGGCGAAGACGAAAAGCUGCCACAACAAAAUAUAUACCAUGGUUUCCUGAGCACACUACAAGAGACAUAUAUAUUUCACUCCUACAACAAACAUCACCACCUGCCACUGAGCUUCAACUCAAAGCCGCAUUAUUGCGUCGUGCUAUGACUGAUGUCGAGAGAAUAUUAAGGUUAAAGGAAGAUAGACCUGCACUUGCAUCUUUGGUACAAAAAGGUUCGGUCGGUGAUGAUCUAUGGAUUUCAUUUUUAAAAGCUGAGCAAGAGCUCCAACAGGAUAUAAUGGAAGUUGCAGCAGAGGCGGAUACUUUUAAAGAAGAUUGGGAAAUCGAACAUGAAAAAAAAGAGAUUGCCAGAUUAGAAAAAGAAAGAAAAAAGGCAGAAGAGGAAUUAUUGAAAAUGGAAGAA